AUGUCGUCACCGGGCACGACAGCACCCACCCACACACCCACCACGACCAAACCCAAAACUAUAUUUACCAACGCAGCAGCAGUUCCAGGAACCAAUUUUCCCCAAAUGGAAAUAGGCUACUGCGGCAACCCAACCCCCACGACACAUGCUAAAAUAAGGGGGCCCACCCACCCCCACGCCAUGCCCAGCUACCAAAAACCAAAAACAAACGGCCAAAAACCCCACUCCGCGCCGUGCACAGUGACGACGGCGCCCGCGCACCCUCCGCCCGCUCCAGCCCCCACCUCCCCGCACAACAAACAACCGCACAGAGAGAAUGCUCACCCUAACAACCGGCUUAAAUCACCGCCCACCGCCAACCACCAACCGACGGGUAACCCUAGCCGGGCGCCCAGUGAAGCGCACGCACAACUGCGCGCACCCCGAGUGAAUUUCGCUCGCAAACCGCAAAUUUGCACGGACUUUCCUGGAAAUUUGCGCUCGUUGCACGUUGCGCACUGUGGGAAGAAUGCAUAA